AAUUUACGGUUUUACCCUUCUUCGAGCAGGCAACAAACAAAAAUCUCCAAUUAAAAUACAAAUUUAAAAAUCUGAUUGUGUGAGACAAAUUUACCCAAAGAGCCCCUCAAAUACAAAAAUCAUCUUCCCCUACCCAACACAGAGACAAGGGUCUUUUUGAGGUAUCGUCGAACCAGUCAAAAACCCCUUCUCAGAUCGGUCCGGUCCGUUCGUCCUUUCUAAUGGCGACAACUCAUCAUCAUUCAUGCCUUCUCGGUCGAAGAAUCUCCGUUCCUCGAUUUCAUCUCCUCUUCAGCCCUAAAAAUCCGGACAAACGCUCUAAUUUCUCCGUAUCUAUCGGCCUACGACACUUCUUCGGCGCUUCUUCUAUAUCAACCUGUAACCCUAAAACACCGUCUCGGAGCUGUUUACGAAAUUGCGCCGCCGCUGAUGACGGAGAUACCACGAGUUCGUCUGAGGAUAAGUGGGGUUGGGAUCGUUGGAACCGUCACUUCUCCGAGAUUGAAGAAGUCGAGGCCGUUGUUUCUCUUCUCAAGUCUCAACUUGAAGAGGCCGUUAAAAAAGAAGACUUUGAAGAAGCAGUUAAGUUGAAACAAGCCAUUGCUGAAGCUACUGUUGAUGAUGCUGUGGCUGAGAUUAUGCGCCAGUUACAGACUGCAAUAAGCGAAGAGCGUUACCAGGAUGCUUCCAGGUUAUGCAAUGAGACAGGAUGUGGACUGGUGGGCUGGUGGGUUAGUCGUCCUCGAGAUUAUGCGGAACUAUUUGGCAGAAUUGUACACAUAACUCCCGGUGUUGGUAGGUUUAUUGCCAAGAGUUACAGUCCAAGACAGCUUGUGGCUGGCGCAGCUGGAACACCUCUGUUUGAGAUUUUCGUUGUUAAAGACAACGAUGGAGGAUAUGUUAUGCAGGUAGUGUAUUUGACGAAAUGCCUUACCACUUCCGCGAACUCCUAUUUAAGCGGACCGCAAUCAUCGAAUGCCUCAAUUGAUGAUCCAUCCAUUGGAGAUUUGCGAGGAAGUGAAGUGAAGGUGGAUAAAAAAGAAGAUAAGCUACUGAAUGCUGGGGAACCAACUGAAGAAGGAAUUAAACAUGUGCUGAAAUUUCUAAAAGAUAAAAUCCCAGGGCUAAAGCUGAAAGUAAUGGAUGGUAUUAAAAUCACUGAGGAAGAGAUUGUAGGUAGUGAUGAUGCUACUGAAGAGCUGGUUGGAGAAGGCAUUGAGGAAACAAAUUCUUCUGAUGAAGAAGAGGAAGAAGAAGGAGAAAAUGACAGAAUUGAGGAAAUUUCAUCCAUGGAUAGUGCAGAUUAUGAAAAGCAUUUAAACACUAAGCUUGUCAUCGGAGGGGUUCUACACAACAUAGAGGAUUCCUCUAUAGAUGAUGAUACUGAUCGUGUUUCAGCAGAUAUAAUGGAUGCUAAAAGAGAUUCCUUUAUCUUGCAUGUUCCUAGGGAAAAGGUGUUUGAUUAUAGUAUGGACAGAAUGCAAUACAGAGCGCCCAAGGAACAAGUAACAGCUAUUUCACCUCAAGGAAUUUCAGAUCUGAUGCCACCAGAGGUUGCCAAGACGUUCUGGGGUUCAGAGAAAGCUUCUUUGAAGGUAUCGAGUACUCUGGAUGAGAUGGUCAGGAUUGGUUUCGAAAAUGCACAAGAAGGAAUUUGUUUCUCUGACUAUACAUCAUAUAAUAGAAUCAUAACUCCUGAAAGCAACCUAGACCCUUUUGACGGCCUAUAUGUGGGUGCAUUCGGGCCUUAUGGCACGGAGAUAGUGCAACUUAAGCGUAAGUAUGGUCGGUGGGAAAAUGCAGAGGGAAGCAACGCAUCAGAUAUAGAGUUCUUUGAAUAUGUUGAGGCUGUAAAGUUGACAGGAGAUCCAAAUGUGCCGGCUGGACAGGUGACAUUUCGUGCAAGGAUUGGGAAUGGGAGUCGCAUGACGGAUCAUGGAUUGUUUCCAGAAGAACUGGGAGUGCUUGCGAGUUACGGAGGACAAGGAAGAGUCGCCGACGUUGGGUUUGAAAACCCAAAAUGGGUCGCGGGAAAGCUAUUAAAACUCAACGGAAAGGGAAUGGGACCAUAUGUGAAAGGCGCGGAUCUUGGAUUUCUAUAUAUUGGCCCUGACCCUGAGAAGAGUUUCUUGGUCCUUUUCAACCGUCUGAGACUGCCUGAGUGACCAAAUCGUUAGUGAUCAAAACGCCGUCUUACAUUGUAACUAGAAUCUCCUUUUGUUUGUUCCUUGCACUUUUGAAACCAAGAUUACCUCGAGAGAGUGUUUAGAGUAGCAAGAACUUUUGUUUUAGUUUUUGGUUUAAUGAUAUAACUAACCAAGUUUAAACCAAAUAGACUCUGGAUAGUUUCAUUACGGCUUUAGUUGGGUAGGUCUUUCAAUGUUUCUUUUAUCCGGUUUGGUGCACAUCAGUUUGUUUUUGUGUUCCAUUAAGACUUGUAUGAUCAAAUAUAAUGAACAUCCCUACUACAAGGUAUCACAUAUAAUUGAAAACA